AGUUGGUCACAAAUCACAUUGGCUUUGCCCGAAGACCUGUCCCCCCCCCUCCACCCCCGCGACUCUUCCUUAGUGUGGUACCAUGGGGAAAGUGACCAGUCCUGUCGGCGGUGCAGGACACGGUGGUUUGGUGAGGCUGUAACUUCUACGUGACCAUGGUACCUGUUGAAAACGCAGAGGGCCCCAAGCUGCUGAACCAGAAGGGGAAAGAGGCAGAGAGCGAUGGCAGCUCUGGAACCCGAGGAGCCGGCCGGCACCGUGCCUGCGCGGGAGGGUGCAGCAUGUUUACUUUCCUGACAUCUGUCACCGCAGCUCUCAGUGGCCUCCUGGUGGGUUAUGAACUUGGGCUCAUCUCAGGGGCUCUUCUGCAGAUCAGAACCCUGCUGGCCCUGACUUGUCAUGAACAGGAAAUGAUUGUGAGCUCCCUGCUUAUUGGGGCCUUCCUCGCCUCUCUCACUGGAGGGUUUCUGAUAGACAGAUAUGGACGAAGGAUGGCCAUCAUUGUGUCAUCUUGUCUACUCGGACUUGGUAGCUUAGUUUUGAUCCUCAGUUUGUCCUACAUCAUUCUCAUCAUGGGACGCAUUGCCAUUGGAGUCUCCAUCUCCCUCUCUUCCAUUGCUAGCUGUGUAUACAUUGCUGAGAUUGCUCCACCGCACAGAAGAGGCCUCCUUGUGUCACUGAAUGAGUUGAUGAUUGUCAUCGGCAUUCUUUUUGCCUAUAUUUCGAAUUAUGCAUUUGCCAAUGUCUCCCAGGGCUGGAAGUAUAUGUUUGGCCUUGUGAUUCCUUUGGGAAUAUUGCAAGCAAUCGCAAUGUACUUUCUCCCUCCGAGCCCUCGAUUUCUGGUGAUGAAAGGGCAAGAGGAAGCUGCUAGUAAGGUUCUCGGAAGAUUAAGAGCAAUCUCAGACACAACUGAAGAGCUCACUGUGAUAAAAUCUUCCUUGAAAGAUGAGUAUCAGUAUACUUUUUGGGAUCUAUUUCGGACCAAGGACAAUAUGAGGACUCGAAUAAUGAUAGGUCUAACACUGGUAUUUUUUGUGCAAGUCACUGGACAACCAAACAUAUUAUUUUAUGCAUCCACUGUUUUGAAGUCUGUUGGUUUUGAAAGUAAUGAGGCAGCUAGCUUGGCUUCCACUGGGGUUGGGGUGGUCAAGGUUGUAAGCACCAUCCCAGCCACUCUUCUUGUAGACCAUGUUGGCAGUAAAACCUUCCUCUGCAUUGGUUCAUCUGUGAUGGCAGCUUCAUUGCUAACUCUGGGUAUUGUGAAUCUUAACAUCCGCAUGAAUUUCACCAACAUCUGCAGAAGCCAUAGUUCUAUUAACCAGUCUUUGGAUGAGCCUGUGCUUUAUGGAGCAGGAAACUUAUCAGCCAGCAACAAUAUUCUCAGAGAGCACUUUAAAGAAAUUACCUCUCACAGCAGGAACUCACUUAUACCAACGGAAAAUGAUAUGGAUAAGAAAGGGGAGAUGACCUCCACAUUCUUACCAAAUGCUGGACUACACCAAACUGGAUACCAGAUAGCUACAGACCCUGAUGAAGUCCCAGCUUCUUUGAAAUGGCUGUCCUUAGCCAGCUUGCUUGUUUAUGUUGCUGCUUUUUCAAUUGGUCUAGGACCAAUGCCCUGGUUGGUGCUCAGCGAGAUCUUUCCAGGUGGGAUUAGAGGACGAGCCAUGGCUCUAACCUCGAGCAUGAACUGGGGCAUCAACCUUCUCAUCUCCCUCACCUUUUUGACAGUCACAGAUCUGAUUGGCCUGCCAUGGGUAUGCUUUAUAUACACAUUCAUGAGUCUAGCAUCUCUGGGUUUUGUUAUUAUGUUUAUACCUGAGACAAAAGGAUGUUCUUUGGAGCAAAUAUCAGUGGAGCUAGCAAAAGCGAACUAUGUGAAAAACAACAUUUGUUUUAUGAGUCAUCCCCGAAAAGAAUUAGUGCCAACACAGCUUCCAAAAAGCAAACCCCAAGAGCAGCUUCUGGAGUGUAAAAAGCUGUGCAGAAGCGGGAAACCCAAGCAGCUUUCUGCAGAGACCUAGAGGCCUCAAGUCACUGCGAAGGGUCCUGCAAUGGGAGGAUGCUUGCAGGGUGUCUCUGGACCUGUGCAUAUUGUCACUCCUACACUCUUCAGUGUCGCAGAGCUACUUGCAAGAGGACACUGACAGAAGUACAACCACUAAUCUCCUCUCUUAAAAGAACCUUAAACGGUAGAUAAGGAACGAGGUCCCGAGCAACUCUUGUUUAUUCUGAGUAGAACAGCAGGUUAAAAAACUGGCUGGUUCCAUACUUUCUACCUUUUUUAGUGCAGCCACCUCUGAAAGAUGAAGCCCUAGUGAUGAAAUCAACUUUGGCCUUAAAUUAUAGAUGUAUAAAACCGGUCACAGUUUUUAGACACAGGUGCUUACAGUAGUUUUAACCCAUAGAGACACUACUUGCACUGGGGUGUGUAUAAAAAAUUACUGGGACACAAGGUGGACAGCUUAACUGCACAUCCAUGCUAGAUUAGCACAGGGUCUUGGCUAGGAUUUUAGUGUUAACUCCUAGUUACAGUUCUACAAGGACUAUUCAACAUAUUUGAUAAAGAAAAAUUUAAUGCAGAAUAUACUUUUAUGGACUUCAUUUAAUAGCAUAAAGUAUUAAAUAAUUCUGUAAUACUUGAGAAAAGUAUCUUUUUGUCUUUGUAGUGAUUAAAAAGAUAAAAUCUGAAAACUCUAGGACCACACUUAGCAAUAGCUGUUAGUAAGCUAUCAAAAAAGGAGAUGAUAGAUUAUUCAAAUUUCUAAUAAUUCAUGUUGUUACUUAACUUAAAAAAAUAAUCUCUCCUUGGAAGGCUAUCAUGAUGACUUUUAGUAAUCACAGUUUCCUACAUUUCUUCCCACUCCUCAGGAAUAUCUCUACCUCAGGUUAUGACAUAAAGACUAUAAUCAAUGCUGACUUUCAGAUGAAUGUAGACACAAAUGACAUUUAGACAUCUGGACAAUUCACUGUGUCUUUCAUAGAAAAUCCGUACGGAAUCUUGAACCACUGAAAUAGCAUAACCUAUUAAGAUUACUAAUACAAACUGUGGAAGACAUCACAAACGAAAACCAUGACCAACCCAGUAUA